AUGACACUUCCGAAGACCUAUAAGCGUGCUGUCUUCAGAGAGCAGGGGGAGCCCCUGACGAUCGAGACGACAGAUCUCAAGCUCCCCAUCAAGGGCGAGGUGCUCGUAAAGGUCGAGGCAUGCGGCGUAUGCUUCUCCGACAUGUUCGCCCAGAACAACAUCAUGGGCGGCGGGUUCCCCAUAGUCCCAGGCCACGAGAUCAUCGGCCGUGUUGCGGCGGUGGGCGACGGCGUCGAGGUGUUCAAGGUCGGCGACCGUCAGAUGUGCGACAACCAGGUCAUCAACGGCGAGACCAGGGACGGGGGCUACGCCGAGUACUGCACCCUGCGCGCCGAGGCGGCCGCGCGCGUGCCCGAGCACGUCGACGCCGCCGCGUACGCGCCCAUCCUCUGCGCCGGCAUGACCGUCUUCAACUCGCUGCGGCACGCGGGCCUGGCGCCGGGCGACACGGUCGCCGUCCAGGGCCUCGGCGGGCUCGGCCACCUGGCCAUCCAGUACGCCAGCCGCAUGGGCUUCCGCGUCGUCGCCAUCUCGCGGGGGUCCGACAAGGAGAGGUUUGCGCGUCAGCUCGGCGCCCACGAGUACAUAGAUGCAGGCAAGGAGGACCCGGGCCAGGCGCUGCAGCGGUUUGGUCGGGCGAGUCUUGCGAUGGCUACGGCACCAACUGCAGAAUCCAUCGCCCCUUUACUGAGCGGGCUUGGUAUCCUGGGCAAGUUGCUGGUCUUGUCAGCCUCCAUUGCCACCGACCUCGGAUGCGCACAAACCAUGCCCGUUGCUAACGCGAGGAUUCAGCUCAAGUACGGAGUCUCAGUGCAAUCCUGGCCGUGUGGUCAUGCCUACGAUUCGGAAGAGGCGAUCGCGUUCACGGACCUCCUGAAAAUCAACUGCAUGAUUGAGAAAUUUCCACUUGACAAAGCGAAUGAAGCUUUUAAUGCGAUGUUGAGCGGCUCAGUUCGUUUCCGAGCAGUCAUAACGAUGGAUUAA